GGUGAACAAACGUUCCCCGAGAUGCUGGUGGUCACCCCUGCAUUCCCUUAUUCCAUUUGAGUGUGUUUUGAUAUCUUUGUGCUUUCCAACCCUUUUCUCUGGCUUUUUAAUGAUAUGAAGGUGGCACUAUUGCAGUGUAUAACAGGGACCUGCUGGAAUUCAUCGGCCUCUAGAAUUCACUUGAGUGAUAGAACUAAUAGUAGUGGGUUAAUGUUGAAGAUGUGGGCAGGCAAAACACUGAUGUAAGAAAAGUGGGGAACCAGUUACCAAAAGCUGAACCCUGAUUUCAUUCAGGGGCAAAUUACUGUGGCUUAGCUCCAUUUAGUGCAGGGUGGACCACUGACCAGGUGAUCUGCCCUUCUGAGAGGCAAGUUCCCAUAUGUCUCUUGCAGUGUUAUCGCUGUACAUCUGUCCAUUCCCUGGGUUGUGUGGCCAGACUUAUAGCUCUGUCAAAAUCUAGUUAGCAUGUUUUUGCCAGGUGAGUUUCACUCUUCAUAUUUAGAUUAUUUAAUGACACCAAGUACAGUAAAUUCCCAGGAUUAAGAUGAUGUUUGUUUCUUAGUCAUUAAAAUGUUGCUAUGUGUAAAUACAUUUAUCCUCCCUAUUCAUCUUUUGCAGCAAUGUGGUCUGUAUUGUUUCUUGAGUUCUGUCCCCUGCUGUGAAUCUUUCAGCAAGUCUGUGAGGUUUUUCUUAUAUCACCCCACAAUCUGAAUGUGGAGGGAGAGACCAGGAAGCCCUGGGAAAGCCACUCGCUGAAGGGUAGCUGCUAGAGAGGAGUUGGCUUUGAGAACGGAGACCUUGGAACAUGGAAAGAUCCCUUGGUUUCAUCCAUAACCACUGCAUUGUUGUGCUGUUCCUCUUCAGUUCCCUGAGCUCGCUAGGUCUUGCCCAGUAUGGGUACUGGCCAUAUUCUGGCUACCCUGAGCAACCCACACAAGAACAACGUCCUCAGUGGCCAGCCAGCGUCCCCAAGAUUCAGCUGCGGCUGGCAGGGCAGAAGAGGAAGCACAAUGAAGGGCGAGUGGAAGUGUUCUACAAUGGCGAGUGGGGCACAGUGUGCGAUGAUGACUUCUCCAUCCACUCUGCUCACGUAGUGUGCAGAGAGUUGGGCUAUGUGGAGGCUGUGUCCUGGCUCCCGGGCUCCAAACAUGGAAAGGGAGAAGGCAAAAUCUGGCUGGACAAUGUCCAUUGUACUGGCAGAGAGACCACUUUGGCAGAAUGCAACUCAAAUGGUUGGGGAGUCACCGACUGCAAGCACACGGAAGAUGUAGGAGUGGUUUGCAGCGAAAAGCGAAUCCCUGGCUUCAAGUUUGACAAUGCGUUGCUCAACCAAAUAGAGGUAAACACCCUUAAAACAUUGAGGCACAUUCCAGUACCCAUGGAAG